GAUAGAUGUUAAGCGUAAAAUCAGACUUUUUUAAUACAACAUGUGAUGCUUCAAUACUGAUAUUCGAUUCUGGUUGUUUUCGAUGACUGUUUAAAAAAAUGGUUCUGAGUCGAUUCACUCGAAGAGAAAGACUUCAGAAAAGCCUCCUGGACUUUGAUUUGCGUCCGGUCGGCAUUCGAAAGAGUACCUGAGACUCGUUGAAUACACUGCAAAGAUUUUUUUACACUCUCUCUCUCACACACACACGCACAUACACACACACACACACGCUAGGUUUCUAAAUGGCUUGGGAGAUCUCCGACUUUAUUGCGCAUCCCGGGUGGAUGGUGUGCACGCUCGUGCUGGCCGCGGUGACGCGAGCGCAGCGGAGAGGCUGGUGGGAUCCGCGCACUUGUCCCGUGCGGCUCACAGGCAAGACGGCAAUCGUUACCGGAGCGAACACAGGAAUUGGAAAGUUCAUUGCCUUGGACUUUGCUUGCCGUGGUGCAAGAGUGAUCUUGGCAUGUAGGAGUGAGGCUCGUGGGAUGGCAGCACUGAGAGAGAUUCGCCAGCGCAGUGGCAAUCAGAAUGUACACCUUCGAAUCAUUGACACCUCAUCCCUCAAAUCGGUGCACAAGUUCGCUGAUCAGAUCAUUAAGGAGGAGAAAGAGCUUCAUAUCCUAGUCAAUAAUGCUGGGGCUUCAGGUCUACCUAAGGGAAUCACAGAGGAAGGCCUAGAAGUUUCUUUCGCCACCAACCACAUUGGACCCUUCCUGCUGACCAAUCUGCUUCUAGAUCUCUUGAAGAAAUCAGCUCCAGCUCGCAUCGUAAACGUCUCCUCAGCUAACCACAGGAGAGGAAAGGUGGACUUCUCACAUUUCCAUGGCGAGAAUUUGUCAUACAUCAUGGACAUGGUCUAUAACCACACAAAGCUACACAAUGUUAUCUGGACCAAUGAGCUGGCGCGUAGACUAGAGGGUACAGGUGUGACUGCAAAUUCGCUGCACCCAGGAGUUGUUAUGACUGAAGUUAUGAGACAUUAUAACUGGAUUGUUCGAACUAUCUUCAACAUAAUAGGAAUGUUCUUUUUUAAGUCUGCUGCAGAAGGUGCAGUCAGUACAAUAUACUGUGCAGUGGCAGAAGAGACAGAGGGAAUCUCUGGGAAAUAUUUCGACAGUGACUGCUCCCUCGUCCUCCCAGCUCCAGAGGCUCGAGACCGAGCGAUUGGAGCAAAAGAAUUUGAGUACUGUGAGAGGUUGACAGCAAAGCUGUGAACUGCUGGAUAAACAUUAUACCCAGCACCAUAUGUCUAUUACACUGUAUUGUAUUGUGUAUGAGUACUCUUCCACUAAAUAUUACCUUACUUGUUAUGUGAAUUUUUCUACUCUCUUUUCCUGUUUAAUGACAAAGACUUGUAAACUAUCUAUAAUUUCUUUAAAACCAGAACCUAUUUCUGAAUCAAUGGGCAUAUUUUGAUAAUUAAUUAAUUCACCUAAUAGCAUUGUUUUGUAACUGGGGAAAACAUGUGGAAUUGAGACAUCAGUAACCUGAAGUCAGGAUUAAACCAUGAACUAAUGAGGUACAAGGAAGCAAAGCUACCUACCGUGCCAACAUGCCUCCCAGGUUUUGUUUUUCAUUUUAAUGUUACUUGAUUGGUGUUAUGUGAUUGUUUGUGGUCGGGAAUUCGAAGUAGGAUUUGUUGAUGAAAACCAAAAAAAUAAACUACUCAUUAAAAAGUGCCACAACUACAUUAUUACCAAAAAGAAUAAAACCAACAAAUGUGA